AUGGGCAGAGUGUAUGCGAUGUCAGGAGUAGAGGCUGCAGGCUUAGGUAACCUGGUUAUAGGGUAUUGUGUGAUUGCUGCAGUGAAUUGUUGUGUGUUGUAUGAUUUUGGAGCGACACACUCCUUUGUGUCAGAUGCAUGUGUGAAACGUUUGGGUCUGCCAGUGUAUUGCCGAGAGAAAAGGCUGUUGUUUCCCGACUUAAAGAAGCCUGAGUUGGUAUCUUCUCAGGGAGUUAUGAAGGAGAUUCAGAGUGGCACACAGUGCUUCAUAAUUUUCACUCAUAUGGAGGUAGAGGAGAAGGAAGGGACAUCGGUCAUACCAGUAGUACAUGAAUUUGAAGACGUGUUCCCAAAUGAAGUACCAAGGCUGCUUCCUAAUAGAGAGGUGGAUUUCUCAAUUGACCCGGUGCCUGGAACCAGUCCAGUGUUGAUGGCUUCGUACCGUAUGGCUCCGGCGGAGUUAGUGGAACUCAAGAAACAGAUAGAGGAGUUGUUGAGGAAGCAGUUUAUCUGA